UUAUCUGUGUUAUCGAGUACACCUCGUAUUAACAUUGACGAAACAAUUAGAUCAAGUUAAGUUUUCCGGUUGUGUAACUACGAUACAAUAUAUUCUUCAUUAAGCCUCUGAAUCGGAUCUCUAGCGAGCUCCACAAAGUGUUUCCUUUGUUUUGUGAUGUUUAAAUAGUGCUAUAUUAUAAUAAGUUUAUAUUUUUAAUUAAGAUGAGUGUUCUUAAUAAUAUGACCGACAAAGAUGACAAAGAGUAUGAACCCUAUGAUCAUAGGAUUGUGGAAAAACCCUGUUCAAACGUGAGAGCUACCGCAAAUUUAAUAAAGGCUUCCCUUGGAUCGGGACUUCUGGCGGGACCUCUAGCCUUCUCUAACUCCGGUUGGGGAGUGGGGCUACUUGGUACCAUUAUAGUUGGCUUCAUCUGUGGUCACUGCAUACAUAUAUUAGUUAAAACAUCAUACGGUUGCUGUAAAAUAGAGAGGAAGCCGCAGCUCGGAUACGCAGAGACGUGCAAAACAGUUUUUGAGAAUGGUCCCCAGUGUUUACGGCGGUUUGCGAAUGCAGCAAGUAUAUUCGCCGAAUUCGCUCUAAUAUGCACUUAUGUAGGCGUUUGUUGCAUUUACACCGUCCUUAUAUCAGAUUCUGUUAAGCAGUUGAUGGACACAUACGUACCGGGGGUAGAGAUUUCUGUGGAACAAUACUGCCUCAUCAUACUGAUACCGCUAUGUCUGAUGUGCCAAAUAAAAUACUUGAAGUGGCUAGCCAUAUUCUCUCUCCUGGCGAAUGUAUUUCUGAUGCUAACGUACCUCCUAUGCUUGUACUAUGCGUUCCAAGGUGACAUUACGAUUGCAGACAAAAAAAUCGCUGGAAGCUUGGCCAGAUUUCCGGCAUUUAUAUCGACAGUGAUAUUCGCCAUGGAGGGUAUAGGAGUUGUAAUGCCAGUGGAAAACGAGAUGAAGACGCCCAGGAAAUUUUUAGGGUUCCCCAGCGUGCUGGUGGUGGCCAUGUCCGUCAUAGUGUUCUCCUACAGCACCCUCGGCCUCUUGGGCUACUUGAGAUACGGCGAUAUACUGCGAGGUUCGAUCACACUCAACCUGCCUAUGGAUGAAUGGCCCGCGAUCUGCGCGAAGGUUUUCAUCGCUCUGUCCAUCUUCUUCACCUACCCGCUCCAGUUCUACGUGGUAUUCGACAUAUUCCAGCGGUACUCCGACACUCAUGGCAAGGAGAAAUAUCGGACCCCACUUCAGAUUCUUGCGAGGGUGCUGGGAGUCUGUUUUUGCGUCGCCAUCGGCAUGGCUCUACCACUCCUGGAGCAGAUCAUCAACAUCGUCGGUGCCUGCUUCUACUCCAUCCUCGGCCUGGUCAUCCCCAGUGUGAUAGAGACAGUGUUCCGAUGGGAGAACCUGGGACGUUUCAAGUGGAUCCUCUGGAAGAACAUCUUUAUAAUGCUCUUUGGCCUUUUCGCUGUCUUCGCCGGCUGCACUGUGACUAUUUUAGACAUAAUAAAGAUUUUAAACAAUCGACAACCUUAGAU